AUGAUUAAAAACCUUAUCGGAAACUCGGUGGACACAGGAUUCGAGGGCCGCGGAGGCUUCGACAAGCUUCACCUGGGUGUGGAUUGUGGGCUGAACCAGAUUCGACAAUCAUCCGGGGGACGACAGACGGCCAUGCUUCUUAUAGUUCUAGCCAACGAUUUGUUUUCUCAGCCAACCACUCAGGCCGCCAUCGACCGCGCCAGACAGGAAACGUAUCUCUCCGUCAUCACAGUUGGGGAUAACUUUGUGGAUAGAACCAUCAUUGAGAAUUAUGCUACGAACCGCAAUGCCCUCACCAUCAUUCCGACCUUUCGGGAUUUUGUAGCGGAUGCAGAGCGGUUCCGACCCAAUUCGUUUGACUCUGUCUGUCCAAUUGACCUUACCACCACUACCACAACAACAACAACGACGACAACAACAACGACGACAACAACAACAACUCGCCCUCCUCCAAUUGGCGAUCCAUGCGACAACUGUGUCGUCAUCAACGGUGUGGGAUAUGCGUCAUCCGGCGACUGCUUUUCGUUCUUCCAGUGCUUCUUGCAGGAGGAUGGUACCUAUACCCAGAUUCUGCGGCCACUUGCUGUCGGCACUUAUUGGAACCCAGAGAGGCUGACGGGAGACAACCCACUCGACGCCAGGUGUCCGCAAGAUCCUUGUAACGGCCGUGCUGACGGGACUGUCUUGGGUGGGUACAGCAACUGCCGUGCCCGUAUCACCUGUAUUGGCGGAGUGUCCAGUGUUAUCGAGUGCUGUCCCGAGGGGACGUCUCUACAAGGAGGCGAGUGUGUCAAUGAUCCCACCUGCCAGGAUUUCUGUGAUCCUACCGUCACCAGCGAAGGCAUCUGUUUCCUGGAGCCCACUGCAGAUGACCGCAACCAGUACAUCGUCCGAGAUGGUGAAUUCUCACAGGUCAUGACAUGUCCAAUUGGAACCUUCUACGACGAAACCAUCUGCGGUUGCAACCACGUCGAAGGAGAAUUCGCACCCAGAUUGUGUGUAGAACAUCCGGAAGUGGAUUUGCAGUUUGGUCCCGACGGCUCCGUGGUUGAUGUUGGCCGUAACAAAUACUACAUAACGACAGAGAACUUCAGCACCGAAGAAAUUAAUGGUCAGUGGGUUGGAGUAUUCACUGGAGACUCACUGGUCAGAGUGCAAAUGUCCAACGCUGACCUAACUCAAGAAGUCACCAUGGUGGUCGAGUAUGAAACAUCUCAGAACGUACCAAACGCCAAUGUCGUGUCUGACGCCGAGUGCGUUGGUACUACCCGAACCAUCGCCAUCCUCGACGACAAUUCGGCUCCACGAGGCUUUGUGCGGACGGUUCCAGAUGGGACCAUCACCGUGGACAGCGACAGAUCUACCGGUUUCAAAGAAGUGAUUUUACAGUACACUACGGAGGAACUGCGAGUGGAUAGCAACGGCAGACUUAGCGCUAACCCAGCUGGACCUUUGUUAGUCAGUACACGAUUCUGUGAUGGCAUUAAGCUCGGAAGAUCGAACGAGGGACCUGGCUUCCAAGGCCGAAUCAGGCGGUUCUUGUUGUACAAGUGUUUAUCUGAUGGACCACAGGAUUUUGAGUCAGCAGCAGGAAGGAAGUAG